AUGUCACAGGCCUCGUCGUCCUCGUGGACGUCGUUCCUCUCGUCCAUCACCUCGUUUAACGGCGAUUUGGCCUCGUUAACCGCGCCUCCCUUCAUCUUGUCGCCAACAUCCUUGGUGGAGUUUUCCCAGUACUGGGCAGAACAUCCCGAUUUGUUUGUGGAAGCCAGCCUGUUGCGUGCUGACGACAACGCCGGCGCUCCCGAAAUCGAGGCUAUGGCCUUGAAACGUGCCAUUUCCGUCACCAAAUGGUUCAUUUCCACGUUGCGGUCGCAGUACUGUCUGCGUAACGAGUCCAUGGGGUCGGAAAAGAAGCCAUUGAACCCUUUCCUAGGUGAGGUUUUCGUGGGUAAGUGGGACUCGCCUCUGGUGGGUGAAACGGUGCUCUUGUCGGAGCAGGUCAGCCACCAUCCUGCUGUCACUGCUUAUGGCAUCAUCAAUGCCAGCCACAACGUUUCGUUACAGGGCUACAACGGCGUCAAGGCCACCAUCUCCAAGGCGUCCAUCAACGUCAAGCAGUACGGCCACGGCAUCUUGCAAUUGGACGACUUGAACGAGUCGUACUUGUACACCUUGCCACCACUCCACAUCGAAGGCUUGAUCAGUGCAUCGCCGUUUGUGGAGUUGGAGGGCACUUCCUACAUCCAGUCGUCCAACGGGUUCAUUGUCCAGAUCGACUACUCGGGAAGAGGAUACUUUUCCGGGAAAAAGCACACGUUCAAGGCCAGAAUCUACCGCGACCAGCUCUCGUCUGCCAACAAGGACAAUGCCUUGGUCACCAUCAGUGGCCAGUGGUCCGACAAGUCGUACAUCGCCAAGGGCUCAGCCACCCCCAGCUCAAAGACGGACGAGUUGUUCUACGACGCCAUGGCUGUGAAGCCAGAACAAUUGCAGGUCAAGCCUCUUGAAUCCCAGCAUCCCUUGGAGUCCAGACGCGCCUGGAAGAAGGUAGCCGACGCCAUCAAGAAGUCCGACUACGACCAGAUCCACCAAGAGAAGUCCAUCAUCGAAAACGAACAGAGAGACCUCAGAAAGAAGGAGCAGGAAUCGGGAGCCAAGUGGCAGACCAGGUGGUUCGACAACGUCGACUACGCUGCCGAGCAGAAACACGAUCCCUUCACCAAUUUGACCAACUUGGCCAACUUGUCCAUCCACAACGGCCCCUCAGGCUCUGCUAAGAGCUCCAAAUACGACACAGGCGAGGCCAAGCACUGGAGAUUGAACUUGGACAACUGGAAGCAAGAAACCGAAAUCAAGCUCUAG